AUGGUUGGAUUGGUAUCAGCGGCCGGGCUGGUCGGCUUCCUGUCCGAGCCAGACCCAGAGCUCCAAAGCUUUGCAUUGAAGCAACUAGACAGCCAGGUCGAUCUGCUGUGGACGGAAAUUGCCGAUUCGGUUCCUCAGAUAGAGGCGCUGUAUGAAGAUGAAUCCUUUCCGGAGCGUGAGCUUGCCGCCAUUGUCGCGUCCAAAGUGUAUUACCACCUACAAGAAUAUAAUGAAAGCAUGGCCUUUGCCCUGGGUGCUGGGAAACAUUUCAGGUUGGAUCAGCCCGGAGAAUACGAGGACACCAUCAUCUCCAAAUGUGUAGAUACCUUCAUCGCCCUGUCUGCAAGCCGCGACCCUACCCUGGCUGCUGCUACUACCGCUGGAACGCAGCCUCAACUUGACACGGCUUUUGAGCAAGGCGGAGACGGGGCUGCCAGCAUGUCGGCCAGUUUGACCUCGCCAGUGACGCCGUUCUCUCAAUCUGUUCUACCGUCAAAGUCCCUCUUGUCGAGACAAAACACAUCGGCUUUCGAUCCUACAAACUCCGGUAUCCAGGUCGGACAAGCGGGUUCUCCUGAGGCUGUCAUUCAGCAGCGUGGCCUUCAGAAAGCCCUGAACCGUGUCAUCGAGACUCUUUUCGAGAGGUGCUUCCAAGAGAAAAGAUACCGUCAAGUGGUGGGAAUUGCGUUGGAAGCUCGCAACCUGGAUAUCCUCCGUCGCGUGAUAAAACGGGCUUCUGAGGAUGAACGGAAAGAGAAUGGCGAGGCCACCAAGAAAGGGGAGGAGUUGAUGGAGUAUAUCCUCGAUAUCUGUAUGAGCCUCGUCGAAGAGCGCGGCCUGCGCAACGAGAUCCUCAAACUUAUACUGGAACUGCUCAACGAAAUCCCUUCGCCCGACUAUUUUGCGAUCGCAAAAUGCGUGGUAUACUUGGAUCAACAUUCAAUGGCCUCGAAUAUGCUUCGCCACCUGGUCGAGAAGGGGGAUUCUCGGUCCUUAGCCGUCGCUUACCAAGUCUCAUUCGACCUGUACGACAACAGCACACAAGAAUUCCUGCAAAAAGUACGGGAAGAACUGUCCGAGAUGCUGCCAGAAGAGACCAAGACCGAAGCGGCUCCCCAAGAUGCUGACAAGAUGGACGAGGACGUGCAAGGCAAAGCAGAAGACCAGUUACAGCAGGAAUUGCAAGAUUCUGCCGGAGCGCCUGCGCCAUUCAAGAAUUCCAAGUUGACUAAACCAGAGGAACAGGAUGCGAUCAAAAAGAUCAGGGACAUCCUCGACGGCCUCACGUCGACGCACCUGAACAUUGAAUUCCUGCACAAGUCCAACAGGGUCGAUCAUACCAUACUGAACAAAGUCAAAGACAGCUUGGAGCCUCGGUACUCCAUCUAUCAUACGGCGGUCACGCUUUCUGCUGGUUUUAUGCACGCCAAAACGGCAAAUGAUACCUUCUUCAGACAGAAUCUAGAAUGGCUGGGGAAAGCUGUCAACUGGUCCAAGUUCACCGCAACGGCUGUGUUUGGUGUCAUCCAUCAAGGCAACAUUAACCAGGUGCAAAGACUAUUGAGCCCAUACUUGCCGAAAGCCGGAGGACUUGGGUCUCACGAUUCUCCGUACAGCCAAGGAGGAUCCUUGUUUGCUUAUGGUCUGCUUUGUGCCAACCACAAGAGCAGGGCUGUGGACUUCCUCCGAGAGAAAUUCAAGGAAGCAACCGAGGAGGUUGUCCAACAUGGUGGUGCACUUGGUCUCGGCGUGGCUGGAAUGGCUUCUGGUGACGAAGCUGUUUUCGAAGAUCUACGAAAUGUCCUCUGGAGCGAUUCGGCAAUCAAUGGUGAGGCUGUCGGCCUAGCUAUGGGUCUGGUCAUGCUUGGUUCCGGCAACACGAAAGUCUUGUCCGACAUGAUCCAGCACGCCCACGACACACAACACGAGAAGAUCGUCCGAGGUCUUGCCGUGGGUAUGUCGUUGAUCAUGUAUGGCCGCCAGGAGGGCGCCGACGAGCUCAUUCAAGGUCUGUUGAACGACACCGACCCGACAAUGAGAUAUGGCGGUAUCCUGACCAUUGCUAUGGCCUAUGUUGGUACCGGCAGCAACAAGGCCGUUCGGAAACUGCUCCACGUCGCUGUUAGUGACGUCAGUGACGACGUCCGCCGUAUUGCUGUCCUCAGCUUGGGAUUUAUCCUGUUCCGGAAAUACAGCAGUGUCCCUAGAAUGGUGGAACUCCUAGCGGAGUCCUACAAUCCUCAUGUCCGAUAUGGUGCUGCUAUGGCGCUGGGUAUCUCUUGCGCAGGUACUGGUCUCGAUGAGGCCAUUGAUUUGCUCGAACCCAUGUUGAAGGACCCUACAGACUUCGUCCGCCAGGGAGCUUUAAUAGCCCUCUCCAUGGUUCUCAUCCAACAGACCGAGGCCAUGAACCCAAAGGUCGGAACAAUCCGCAAGCAGAUGUUGAAAAUCAUUAGCGACAGGCAUGAAGAUGCUAUGUGCAAAUUCGGCUGUGCUUUGGCUAUGGGUAUCCUGGAUGCUGGCGGUCGAAACUGCACCAUUAACCUACAGACUCAGACUGGAAACCUGAACAUGCUUGGCAUCGUCGGAAUCGUUGUGUUUACACAAUACUGGUACUGGUUCCCUCUGGCCCAUUUCUUCUCAUUGUCCUUGACACCUACUUCUGUCAUCGGCAUUGACCAGAAACUGGAGGCGCCGGUAUUCAAAUUCCACUGCAACACUCGACCCAGCCUGUUUGACUAUCCUCCUGAGCAGCAGGUCAAGGCUGACGAGGCCCCGGAGAAGGUCAAGACCGCCGUCCUUAGUACUACUGCUCAGGCCAAGAGACGAGCUGCACGGAAAGAGAAGCAGCAAAGACGUGACAGCAUGGACGUUGACACGGUCACGCCUGUGACCCCGAAGAUUGAAAAGGGUGACAAGAUGGAGACCGACGAGGCCGCAGCCAAAGAAGAUGAGGGCAAGAAGACAGAAGAAGGCGAGAAAAAGGAAGGCGAAACUGGGGAAGUCAACAAAAAGAAGGCCGAGAAGGAGAAGGUUGGGUACGAAAUCAGCAACAUGUCGCGAGUUCUGCCAGCGCAGCUCAAGUACUUGUCCUUCCCAGAUCAGCGGUAUCAGCCCGUCAAGAAACCCACCGGCGGUGUGAUGGUGGUACUGGAUACGGAACCGGACAAGGAACGUGAAAUCAUCCCUUUGACGGUCAGCAAGGUCGAACCCGUGGCAGCUGCCACCACUUCGGCAGGCACGGGUGCAGCACAGCAAGCAGCACCACAAACCCCUGCGGCCCAAACCAUACAAUCACUACUGACCGGCUCUGGAGCCGCGGCUGCCGCUGGAGUGUUGACGGCCAUCGAUGAGGAUGAAGAAGGUGCAGAAGAAGCACCGGUGCCACAUGAGUUCGAUUAUGAGACUGAUACAGAGGGAGAUGGAGAUGGCGAGGAGCAGCACCACGAGUCGUAG